UGUCCGUGUCUCUGCACCGGACCAGCCUGUGGAAAUGUGGACAGCUCUGAGCUGCCAGUCUGCUCUGUGUUCUCCGAGCUUUUACCCCACUCUGGAGUGUCUGUGGCGUAAGAAAAGCCUCCUUGUUCAUCUCUGCCAGGAGCCAUGAAAACUCUCCUGCUGACACUAAUGCUGCUCACCAGCCUCACCCUGUCCUUCAGCCACGGACACAGCGACCCUGAGGAGGAGAGCUGGACGGACGGCAGAUUCGAGACCGAGAUAAAGUGGUUUGAACCUCAUCCAUUACAGAGGAUGGUGAAGAGAAUGGUGCGGAGACCUGACCAACAACAGCUUUUUGGUCUAAUGGGGAGAAGAUCCUCAGCAAAAUCACAGAUAACACGGAAAAGGCAGAAGUUUCAGUCUUUCGUUGGUCUCAUGGGAAAGCGCAGCGUCGGGGGCUCUUUCUGAUGGAACCGGGAGCUGAAUACCACUCAUCGUACUCACCCGUUCAGUUUCAAGGCGACGCGUUUCAAGAGCCGCAGUAUUUCUGCUUAUGAAACUGUUAAAAAAGCGGCCAAUAAAAGUGAGAAAUGAAAC